ACGGCAACAGUGGUUGGAGAUGCCCAGCUUGUCAGAAUGCUUCUACGCAGGUUCCGAAAACUUACACCUGUUUCUGUGGUAAGGUGCACAAUCCUGAAUGGAAUAGAAAUGAAAUCCCGCAUAGCUGUGGGGAACUUUGUGGAAAGAAGAGACAGUGUGUGGACUGUCCGCAUCUUUGUAACAUUCUGUGCCAUCCAGGACCUUGUCCUUCGUGCCCAGCCUUUGUGACAAAAACAUGUGAAUGUAGACAAACAAGUCAUUCAGUUCGCUGCGGCCAAUCAACAAAAAUUCGUUGUUCUAAUGUGUGUGGAAACACUUUAAACUGUGGUAAGCACAGCUGCACUCAAGUCUGCCAUGCAGGAAAAUGUUCACCUUGCCAAUUAACAGUGCAGCAAGUGUGUUACUGUGGAAGCAACUUUAAAGAAGUAUUCUGUGGAACAAAGGAAGAAUUCUCUGAUGGAUUUGGGAAUUUCUCAUGUCAGAAUAUAUGUGGCAAAAAAUUAAACUGUGGGAGGCACAACUGUACUCAAGUAUGCCAUCCUCAGCCUUGCCAGCUCUGCCCACGGCUUCCACAAGUCGUGUAUCGCUGUCCGUGUGGUCAGACUCCUCUCAGCAAGUUACUGGAACUAGGAUGUGUUGAACGUAAAAUAUGCACAGACCCUAUCCCGUCAUGUGGAAAAACAUGUGGCAAACCUCUUUCCUGUGGCAGCUAUGAGUUCGUUCACACAUGUGAAAGCCUUUGCCAUGAAGGAGACUGUAGACCAUGUUCUCACACGUCAAAUAUUUAUUGUAGGUGUGGCUUCAAAAAGAAGGAAGUCCCAUGUGCUCUCCUGAGAAAUAAAGCUGCUAUUACAUUCAUGUGUGACAAGCGAUGCAACAAGAAAAGGUCGUGUGGACGACACAAGUGUAACGAAGUCUGCUGUGUGGACACAGAACAUAAGUGUUCUUUGGUUUGUGGUCGUAAACUCAACUGUGGGCUUCAUAGAUGUGAAGAACCCUGUCAUCGGGGAAGUUGUCAAACGUGCUGGCAAACAAGUUUUGAUGAGUUAACUUGCUACUGUGGUGAAUCUGUGAUUUACCCCCCAGUCCCCUGUGGCACUCAACCACCUGAGUGUAAAAAAACAUGCACCAGGCCACAUGACUGUGAUCAUCCAGUGUACCAUUCGUGUCACAGUGAGGAGAAAUGUCCACCCUGUACCUAUCUCACUCAGAAAUGGUGUAUGGGCAAGCAUGAACUGCGAAGUAAUAUUCCUUGUCAUCUCACUGACAUUUCCUGCGGACUUCGCUGCAAUCAAAUGUUGAAAUGUGGAAUGCACAAAUGUAAAAGAAUUUGUCAUAAAGGAGAAUGUCUUAUAGAUGAAGAGUGUAAACAACCAUGUGUUAUUCCAAGGCUGUAUUGUAAUCAUCCCUGUAUGGCGCCAUGUCAUCCUUCUUCACCCUGCCCAAACACAUCCUGCAGUGCAAAGGUUGAUCUUCAGUGUGAAUGUGGAAGAAGAAAGGAAAGCAUGAUUUGCUCAGAAGCAUCUAAUACAUAUCAAAGAAUAGCUGCUAUAUCUAUAGCCACCAAGUUAACAGAUCUACAGCUUGGGGAUUCAGUGGAAAUCAGUAGGCUUAUUACAAAAAAAGAAAUGAAGCAGGCCAGGUUGCAGUGUGAUGAAGAAUGCUUAGCUCUUCAGAGGAACAGGCGUCUUGCUGAGGCUCUUGAAAUAGAUGAUAAUUCUGAUCCUUUUAACGUCCGUUCUUCUGGACCAAAAUACAGUGACCUUUUAAAAGAAGAUGCAAGGAAGGAUUUAAAAUUUGUCAGUGACAUUGAGAAGGAAAUGAGAAUGCUUGUGGAAGCUGUGAAUAAGGGCAAGCAUACAAAGAAGAGCCAUUGUUACCCACCAAUGAACAGAGAUCACCGCAGAAUCAUCCAUGAAUUAGCUCAGGUUUACGGCAUUGAAAGUGUGAGCUACGACAACGAACCAAAGCGUAAUGUUGUUAUCACUGCAGUGAAAGGGAAAUCCAUCUGUCCAAGCAAUACCUUAACUUCUGUGCUAGAUAAAGAAAUGCAGAGCAGGCCUCCACCUCCUAUUCCUCAUUACAAACAAACAGAUAAGAGCAGUGGAAACAGCGGUUUAUCCAAACCGCUAAAAGAAGAGCCGGUAAUUGACUACUUUGAUGUCCAGGACUGAAGCGGUUGAUGUAGAA